AUGAUUUUUCCAGAACUAUUCAAACCAACAGCUCAUUUGCUAUUUUAUUCAUUCGCUUUUGGUGGCACCCUUUUUUACUCUAAAGUAGCUUCCAUCGUGGCUUACCGUACUCUAGAAAGGGAGCAAUUCUCUGAGCUACAGAACCACAUGUUCCCACAAUUAUUUAGAUUAGAGACUCUUGCUCCAAUUAUCUUAGCCUUCACUGCUCCAUACAACGUCCAACCAGGUGCUUAUCACUGUUUAAUUGCUGCUUUCGCUUCAGGUUUAAUCAAUUUGGUUGCUUUACUACCAUGGGCCAAGAAAGUUAAAUUAGAGAGAAAAGAAUUAGCCAAAAAAUUCGAAGGUGAGGAAUUAGAAAAGAAAGAUGCUCCAUUAAAGAAAUCAUUUGGAAAAGUUCACUUAGCAAGUGUUAUUUUAAAUACAGUCCAUAUCAUCUUAAUGGGUACUUAUGGUUACUGUCUAACUAAAGCCCUAUACUAUUAA